AUGGGAGCCACCGGGACUGGCAAGUCCAGGCUUUCCAUAGACCUCGCAGCCCGUUUCCCUGCUGAGAUUAUAAACUCUGACAAAAUGCAAGUCUACAAAGGCCUGGACAAAGUCACUGAGGAGGAGUGUAGAGGCAUACCUCACCACUUGCUACGCGAAAUCGAUCCGAACUCAAACUUCACGGCCGAUUAUUUCAAGCACAUCGAAUCGAUCUUCAUCGCCGGUGGUUCGAAUUCCUACAUCGAUCGGACGGUGGGUUUGCUGGAUGAGGUCAGGAGAACUGAAGAUGACGAAACCCGAGCGGCUAUUUCUAAAAUUAAAGAAAGCGCUUGCCAAUUGCAAAAGAUCCGUCACCUGCAGAGCCGACGAAACUGGAACAUGCACCGCCUCGAUCGAUGCCACACAAAUUUUCUUCAAGCACCACGUGGAGGCCGAUCAAGCAUGGGAAAAACUCGUGGCAAGACCCAAGCUCCUACAUAG